GCCGCUGUCAUGGCGUCAUUGUCGACUCUCUGCGACUAUGGUAGCAGCAGCGAUGAAGACGAAUCAGUGGGUAGGAAAGCGACUGAUACGGAAUCACAAGUUGCGGUCUUACCAAAGGAAGCUACGUUUAACACGCUACGGCAAAAAUAUGGCUUGAACGCGGCACCCGAAGUCGCUAUCAAGGAAUCGGUAUCUUCGGUCAUCCCAGUCGAUCCCAACAGUAAAAUGCUCGAAUACAACCCGAAGUACGAGAGCUUGUAUGCACCAGCGUUGGGUCCGGAGAAUCCGUUCAAAACUCAGCAGCAGAAAGCCGUGAAAAACACGUUGUGUGGCUACGUUGAACCGGCACAUGUGAACGACUUCCAUUUCGAGUCGCAGAGGUUGACUUUUACAAGCUUUGGGUAUGCCCUGGAUCCUACGGCUGACGGUUCUCACGACGAAGGCAAGCGCAUGGUCGGCGCCCCAGAAGCGACUGACGCCACGAGCGCGCUGACCGUGUUCGAAAAAACCAAAACGAGACCCGGAGACAAAAGGAAAAAGGCCAAAAACAACAACCCCGAAGACGUCGACGGAUUCUUGGGACCCUGGGCGCCGUUUGCCGACCAGAAGCUCAGCGCCAAGCCCACCGAGGAAGAACAAGAAGAACUGGAUGAGAUCCUGGCGAAACGUAACAAGCGCGGGAAACAUGCCGACCACCAACCCAUGGAAGAAAAAACGGUCCUACACAUCAAGGACCCCUACGACUACCAGGGACGAUCUUUCCUGCACAUUCCGCAGGACGUGGGGGUGAACCUGCGCUCUUCGGAACCCCCCGAGAAGUGUUUCAUCCCGAAACGGGAGAUCCACACCUGGAAGGGGCACUCGAAGGGGGUGUACGCCCUCCGCUGGUUUCCAAAGUCGGGACACCUGCUCUUGUCCUGCAGCAUGGACUGUAAAGUCAAGCUGUGGGAAGUUUACAACGAAAGGAGAUGCGUCAGGACAUACGUCGGACAUCGGCAGGCCGUCCGAGACAUCUCGUUUAACAAUCAGGGCACAAAGUUUCUGUCUGCUGGCUAUGACCGUUAUAUAAAGCUGUGGGAUACGGAAACUGGGGAAUGUAUAUCGCGGUUUUCUAACCGCAAGGUGGCUUACUGCGUCAAGUUCAACCCAGACAACAACAAACAGGACUUGUUUGUAGCUGGAACAUCGGAUAAGAAGAUUGUCUGCUGGGACACGCGCACCAAGGAGAUAGUGCAGGAAUACGACCGGCACCUCGGUGCCGUCAACACCAUCACGUUCGUCGACGACAACAGAAGGUUCGUGUCGACGUCCGACGACAAGAGCAUGAGGGUGUGGGAGUGGGACAUUCCGGUGGACAUGAAGUACAUCGCGGAUCCCACCAUGCAUUCCAUGCCUGCCGUCACCCUCUCUCCAAACGGAAAGUGGCUGGCAUGUCAAUCGCUCGACAGCAAGAUCAUGAUCUUCUCGGCCUUGAACCGGUUCAAGCUGAACCGGAAGAAGACGUUUGGUGGGCACAUGGUUGAUGCGUAUGCGUGUGGCUUGGAUUUCUCACCAGACAUGAGCUACCUGAUAUCGGGUGACGCGGACGGCUGGCUCUGCGUCUGGGACUGGAAGACGACAAAGCUCUACACGAAGCUCAAGGCCCACAGCAACGUCUGCAUCUCCGUCCUGUGGCAUCCACACGAGACAUCCAAGGUGGCCACGGCUGGUUUCGACGGACUCAUCAAGUACUGGGACUGAGAACGCUUCGAUCACUUGUACAGUGGAGGACGAUGUGAACUGGCUCAAUUUUUUGUAAAUACAUUGCCAUUGUACAUAAAGUCACUGCAUUCAUGAGGGA